AUGCCUAGAGCAAUUUUUGAAGAAGAUGCGACUCAACUAAAAUUAGGACCAGAGUUUGAAAAUGAAGAUAUGCUCACAGUUUCGGAGGCAAAAAUUCUGAUUGAUACUGUGAUGGCGCAAAGGACAAGAGAAGCGAAUGGGGAAAUUCCUCUGACUGAUGUCAUGAAGAAGACGCUUUCCUAUUUUAAUGUAUUUGGAAGAUUCAAAACCGCAGAGUCUACAUACGCUUGCGAAAGAAUUUUAGGAAAUCGCUUUCACAAAUUUGAGCGUGCUCAGUUGGGAACACUGUGUUGUGAAGAUGCAGAAGAAGCGCGGACUCUGAUUCCCAGUUUGUCUAAUAAAAUCGAUGAUGAGAGUUUACAAGGGAUUUUGGAUGAAUUGUCUACGUUACGCAAGUUCCAGGAAUAA